UAUUCUCUACAUUAUCAAUCAGCCGACAAUGAAGGAAACGUAGCGAAAUUAUUAUUAAUUCACCUCUGUCGGUAUGCAGUUUCAACAUGGCCGCCAGUCCAAGCCGUGUGCAAGAAUUAUGGCAAAUGUGUAUACACAAGGGAGGAAAAACAUAAAGAGGAAGAAGCAGUUCUGUGAAAAUACACUAAGAUCGAAUGAAUAAACUAAAAAACAAAAAAUGAUAAUUGUUUUUUUUCAUGUGUUAUAUCUGCUUGGUAAAUUCAUCUACAGGAGUUAUGGAGAGGAUGAUUCCUUGGAGAAUGAUGGGGGUCAAAAGAGGGACAAGGUCUUGGAGGAUGCAGCAGGUGAUGAUGAUGACCAGUAUUUGAGAGAGCCGAAAAAAAAAUUGGAUUUGUACGAUGAUUUUUAUGGUAAAACUGAGGUCGAGCGGAUAAGAUUUUCUCCACCGGCUUAUCUGCAAAGGUAUCAUGCUGUUGCUAGCCUUCUCGGCAGCGAGAAGUUUGAGGGGCAGAUUCGGAAGGUUGUGGAUUUUGGUUGCUCAGAAUUCGGAUUUUUUCGACAUCUGAAGAAUACGAGAGGGAUAGAAGAGAUAUUAUGCGUGGAUGUUGAUAGAAAUUCCCUGGAGGUGUAUAAAGCUAGACUAGAACCCCUCACAGCUGAUUACCUAUCAUGCAGAAAUACUCCACUCACUGUCCACGUGCUGGAGGGUAGUGUCACAGAUAAUGAUCAAUAUUUAGAGAAUACUGAUGCAGUUAUUUGUAUAGAACUUAUUGAACAUUUGUAUCCAGAGACUUGUCUAAAUCUUCCAUUCAAUAUCUUCGGUUUCAUUCAACCCAAAGUUGCAGUGUUCACUACUCCCAACGCAGACUUCAAUGUUUUAUUCAAAGGAAUGAAUGGAUUCAGGCAUUGGGAUCACAAAUUUGAAUGGAGUAGGCAGCAAUUUCACGACUGGGCCGAAAAUAUAAUUACAAGGUACCCCAACUAUGAAGUCGAGUUCACCGGGAUUGGUGCAGGUCCCCCAGGCACUGAACCCUAUGGCCAAUGCUCCCAGAUGGCGACAUUUACUCGUAAGCUGGACAGGACCUUUUCACCUGGCAUACCAGGGCUCUUCAAGCUCGUAGCUACAGUAGAAUACCCUUACCAAGUUGACAAUCGCCCCAUAGAGGAGAGAACACUCGAGGAAGCUAAGUAUUAUAUUCGCCGUUAUUCGGGAAGUAACGAGGAUGUCUCGAUGCCCUUACAGCUGCUCGCACAGUGGAUAAAUACAAUAUCAGUCAAGACCUUGAGGAAUAUACUGGAGGAGGGGGGGAUGCAGAUUGUUGAUGAUAGGGAGAGCGGGCUGUCAGUUGUGUGCCCUCCGUUAUCAGAGUAUUCGGGGUAUGACUAUAAGGGCGAUAAUUAUGAUAAUAAUGCAUACGAAUUUCUGUGGGACGAGCAGCCUGGACUUUACCAACAGCAGGACCAGCAGCUGAGUCAUGAGAACCAGGAAAUGUGGCACUUUGAGGAGAAGAAUGAUCCAUCAGAGGCCAAUAACCUUGACAACUUUAAUAAUGGAGAUUUGUAUUUAGAAUCUGUGAGGAAUAUGGGUAAUUGUGAAAUUCCUCAAAACUCUGGUGCUUUAAAUUUUAAAAAUUCAGGCUGUGAGUUUCAACCAGCGGUUUUUUUUAAUAAUUCAAUCCCUAGUACUUCCAAGAAUGUCAGACGUGAAUCAGCGAUGCCUGCAGAUCUUUUAAAUUUAAGGAAUACUCAACGCUGCCCGAAGAAAAAAUUCAACGAUUUAGCUCCCGUAUCUGGAAAACGAACUAAUUCCUUGGGGGGUAAAAUGGAUGGAGAGAAUCAAGACUCAUGUGAUUUUGAGGUAGCCUCAUCGUCGAGUACUGAGCAACUUCUCUGCGAGGAAGGAUGUGAUUCACUGACACUUGGAAGUAUUUGCAGCAUGUACUUGCAGUCAUCAACGUGCACAAAUGAAGACACUUGUCUUGAAAACACAACAAAUCCCGAUUUUCACUGGUCCAGUGAUGUAAGUAUAAGUGACGGUAGUUGUAACGAAAAGAUUCCACAAUAUUCAUCUUCCACAAAUGAUUCACCAAACUCGACUAGUACCCCAGUGAAAUCCCAGAGAAAAUCUCAGCAGGACAAUAAGCUUUCUCACUCAUCGCCGCUAUCUAAUAAAUGUCAUGGUUUUGAAGAUAAUCAUGUAGGCCAAAAUGAACUCUCCCCGGGUGAAAGAUCGUUGGAAAAAUAUUCUGCAUCGCCAGACAGUUGUAGUUCAUGUGAAAAAGAGAAAUCUGAGGUGAUGAGAAAAUUGAAAAAAGGUGGAUUAAUGAAAAAUUCCAAGAACCAUCGGCUAUCGUUAGACGGGGAAAAAAAUUCACUCAAUGGAGGUGACACUUCACCAACGAAUCAUGCACGUGAUUUCACUUUUGAUAUUGAUCGUUGUAGAAACAAUCAUUCACCGCCGAUAAUAACAAAGAGGCCAUUAUCUUUGUCCACAUCUGAUCAACUUUCUCAGCAUGUUGAGGAUCGUCAUGUUGACAGAAAAGAGAUGAAAAAUUUUGAGUUGGACGAAGCUGAUGACAAAGUUUCGCUUUCCGAGGCCCGAGGCAGCACUCCAAACAGCUGGUCUCCAGAGUUCUGCUUGGACUCCGGUUAUCCAAACACAUCUUCAGUCCACGAUAUCACACCGGAGUUUGAUUUAUCCAGUAUUGGACAGGAUACAAUAUCAGAAUCACAGUCACCAAGUUUUGCUGAGCCCCCCAGACAGUUAGAGGCUCUUGUUGGGGUUGAGAAUGGAGACCUGGUGAACAAUAAUCGUGAUGGUGAGGGAAAUAACGUGAUUCCUAUGGAGGAGCAUCAACCCGGUGAGGAGAGGGAGGAGGUGGAUGAAAACGAGAACAUUGAUGCGUGAUAAGUUCAGUCUUCUCGAGGAAGGCUCAUCUCACAGUAUUUUAUUCUAUGGCUGUGGCGACUGCUAUGAUGGGAGAAAAUACAAGCCUCCAUUCUUCAAACUUCUUCCAACACUCCAGACGUAUGAAAAAGCUUUUUAUUUCUCACCGAAGAAAAGAUAUUCAUGCCAAAUGUACAUUUGCUUGAGAGUUCUUGUUUUUUCAAUAUCAUAAUUUUUCUAUUGAGUUCAUUCAAUUCAGUUCAGUUUAUUCCCUUUGGUACUGCAUGGGCUGUUGUCAAAUCUACUCUAGCCCUUCGCAUGAUUGUGAUGAUACUUAAAAAGCUCAAGGGGCUCACAUGAACUUGAGAAAUUAGGUUUCGAGACACAAGAAUACUUCUCAAUAAAAUGAAUAUUUGGCAGAUAUAAUUUUUGCAGUGUCGAAAUCACAAACUAUUUACCGAUGAUUUAACAGUGUUUGUAUAGUUACCUUCCCGUUUAUUCAGUUAGUUUCUCAUUGAAAGAAUGCCGAAUUUGAGUAGCAUUUGUUUGAAAUAAAGUGAUAAAAGUAAUGUAAAAAUCAAGCUCUAGAUGUAGUUUAAUUGGGAAGAAAUAAUAAUGAUUCUACAUAAGACUGAAACGGCAUAUCUAAUUACCUUGAUGAGAUAAAUAAAAUGAGGUUUGGGAAAAUAAAGUGUUUCAUUAUUAUAAAUACAUGAUACAAUGUUUUUUUUCUUCUUUUCCUUUAUUCGUUUUCAUAUACUGCAGCUGAACAGUAUUUCAAAACACAACUGGAUACUAUGAAAAUAAAAAUUAAUUAUGGUAUUUGUGUGCUAUUUUUAAAAAUUAUUGCUUCAAUUGUCUAAACUGUAGUAAAUAGUGUUUAUUCGUGUUCCUGAAACUGGCAAAUGAACUUGAUAUUUGGGAUUUCAUUAACAUGUUAAGAGAUUUUCAAAUACAGAGAUAUAUAUCAAUGGAAAAAAAGACUUGACAGACAAGUUACGUUUUGUUUUCGUUCCUAAUGACGUAUUUUCCAUUCAUUUUCUAUUAUUUACAUACACAUACUAUUCUCAAUUAUUAUCAAUAUAAACUAUGUAAUAUCUUGUUGGGUGGAUUAUCUGCAAACACUAGUUCGUGUUAAUUGAGUUAUUUGUAAUUACUCAUUUAAUUUCUAUGUUUAUUUGUCUCUCUGUAUUAUUUCGUGCGUCACGCAUCUGAUAUUUUUACAUUAAGGAUUAAGGAUUGUUGUUGUGCAGGAUCGGUAAAGACAACUCAAUUCAACAAUAUCAAUCGGUUUUUUUCUUCAUAGGAAUGUCUAUAAAUAAGCUGACCAGUAUAAAAAUAUCAUGAUCUUAAAAAAUACAGUAAUAGGGGAGUUGGAGCAAAUGGGAGGGAUUCAUCGAUGUAGCAAAAUCCUUCAAGUGACAUUUUGUUAAUUUGUUUCGCUAUUCAUUAUCGCCAUUCUGAAGACAUUUUCUUUGCUCAGUUAACUGAAUGCGCUGUAGAAGCUUCAUUUUGCUCCAACAGUUCCUGAUUAUAAUGCCGAUGCAAGUGAUGUUUAAAUCAGGGUCAAGAGCUCUACUAUAAAACCAAUAAAGAAAUUGAAAAAAAAAAAAAA